AUGGAGGAUGGAAACAUGCAUUUACAGCCAGGUCGCAGCAUAGGCUUCAUGACCCUCGGUUGCUCAUUGCACGAAGUACUGACGACCAUCAAAGCCGAAGUCAAGACCUUUCCGCGCUUCCAGCUCUACCACGACGACUUCCACCCUCUUUCUUCUCCAGUGCAAUUAGUCCUUCCUGACAACGGUCUGCGCCUACAGUUUGAUGGUCCUGAUCAGCGGCUACGCCUUAUCGAAGUGCUCGAUUUCGCAAAAGCCCGACUAGUAUACAAGGACAUCGAUGUCUACAAGCCUGCGGAUGGAGGUUUCUCGGCAGGCCCACCAGGUCCAAGGUUCAGGCAUGUCUACGACAAGCUACUAGGACCGACUUAUGGCGGGGAGUAUGUGCCACCAAAGUCGGAAGAUCCAAACGCAAUGGGAACAUACAACCUAUCAUAUCCAGGCAUAGCUUUUAAUUUCCCCGUUCAACACUCUGCAUAUUCUCCAAAGAAGGACUUCAUUUCGCUUUUGUCGUCUUCUGCUACCGGUCCAGCCACAUCCAUGGCCGUCUUCAGCGGGGAGUCAUGGCAGAAGGCGCGUGCGACUCUUUUUACUGCUCCUCCGUCAAAUCCAAGAUCACUGAUGCUAGGUAAAGCGAAAGACAGCGGACCAGAUGAGAUUGAAACAGUCAGGGUACAUGGCGAAGGCAGGAUAGAGCUUGUGAGACGUUCAAGUCCCCCAUUUUGGAUUAUUCUUAGCGAGACGACACCCCAAGAUCUGAUUAUGGAACUGGGAGCCCCCGAUUCAAUCUACCGCAAGAACGAUCAUCGAUUAUCUAUUCACAAAGAUCGGAGAACCAGUGAUGCAUCAGACCUUUCUCCUGGUGGUCUCACACCCGAUGAAGACUCAGAUCCGGGUUCAGCCAUAAGGAGCGAUGAUGAGGAUGCAUGGGAAGACGACGACGAAGCAGUUCUAGAAGCUCAGGAGCGGGAAAUUGCUGCAGCAGAGCACUUCUACAACUACUAUCACCACGGCUUCGACAUAUUAAUCUCUCAGCCCACGCAGAUUUCCCCACCUUCGCCAACUGCUGAAAGGCGAGAGAGUGAUGUACAGGACGCAGGGGAGCUCAGCGCGCAACCUCUAAAUCAUCUUACCGCAACCAAGAUCAUAUUCCACGGAAAUAUUCCAGGAUCAUACCAAUUCAACCGACAUCGAAGAAGUAGAUGGACUCUUGAACACGUCCCCUCAGCCAUGUACCGAGAGCCGCUUAAUUCUGAAAUGGGAUUUGGCGACAUCUCCGGACGCUUAAAGGAGGUUUUCAACCCACACUACGAGAAUGAAGAACAAGAGCGAUUACAACAGCGUGGUAUGGCUCUGAACCGUGGUUGGGGCGAUAGUCCAGGGAGCAGCUGCGAACUUCUAGGAGGAUGGGAAGAUAGUUCAGGGAGAAAGAGCAAAUUUGCCAACGCUGGUAGUGUACUCAUGGAAGGUGUCACGGAUGUGGGUAACGUAGAGCUAUUUGGAUUUCCUGGCAUGGUCUUUGAAGUGCUCAAGAAUGGGGCUGUGAGCUCUUUGACUGUUUACUGA